CGGCGGCGGCGGCGGCGGCGGGGGGCUCCGGGGGGUCGGGCGGAUGGAAAUACUGAUGACGGUCCGGAGACUCGCCUCCAUCUGUACCAUGGGCGCCAAUGCCUCUGCUUUGGAGAAAGAGAUUGGUCCGGAGCAGUUUCCAGUGAAUGAACAUUACUUUGGCUUGGUCAAUUUUGGCAAUACCUGCUACUGCAACUCCGUUCUACAGGCACUUUAUUUUUGUCGUCCGUUUCGGGAAAAGGUUCUGGCAUACAAGGUUCAGCCUCGCAAGAAGGAAAGUCUCCUGACGUGCCUCUCUGACCUCUUCAACAGCAUUGCCACGCAGAAGAAGAAGGUGGGGGUCAUCCCACCCAAGAAAUUUAUCUCCCGACUGAGAAAAGAAAAUGAAUUGUUUGACAAUUACAUGCAACAAGAUGCGCACGAGUUCCUGAACUACCUACUGAACACAAUUGCUGACUUACUGCAAGAAGAAAAGAAGCAAGAGAAGCAAAAUGGCAAACUCCAGAACGGGAGCAUCGACAGCGACGAAGGGGAGAAGACAGACCUCACCUGGGUCCACGAAAUCUUCCAGGGGACCCUCACCAAUGAAACCAGAUGUCUUAACUGUGAAGCUGUUAGUAGCAAAGAUGAGGACUUUCUAGACCUGUCUGUGGACGUGGAACAAAAUACUUCAAUAACGCACUGUUUGAGGGGGUUCAGCAAUACAGAGACGCUCUGCAGCGAAUAUAAAUACUACUGUGAGCAGUGCCGCAGCAAACAGGAAGCUCAGAAGAGGAUGCGAGUGAAAAAGUUGCCCAUGAUUCUAGCUCUGCAUUUAAAAAGGUUCAAAUACAUGGACCAACUGCAUCGAUACACCAAACUGUCCUAUCGCGUAGUUUUUCCUCUGGAGCUUCGACUCUUCAACACAUCAGGAGAUGCUACAAAUCCCGACAGAAUGUACGACCUUGUGGCUGUAGUUGUUCAUUGUGGCAGUGGUCCCAACCGCGGACAUUAUAUCACCAUUGUCAAAAGCCAUGGGUUUUGGUUGUUGUUUGAUGACGACAUCGUAGAGAAAAUUGAUGCUCAAGCAAUUGAAGAGUUUUAUGGGUUAACAUCAGACAUUUCCAAAAACUCAGAAUCUGGAUAUAUCCUCUUCUAUCAGUCCAGGGACUAAGAUGUCACAUUGAAGCAUCUUACAAGUGUACAAAAAAGGGAUCAAGGUUGUGCCCAGGUGGGACGUCGUAGUGAUAGUCAAAUCGAUUCUUUUUCAUU